GGCGUUUUUUCCCGCUUGACAGAACGAUAGCUCUAGUUUUUUUUUCCUGUUUCUUUCCUGUGUUUAAUGGCUUACACUGCUUCUAACGGGGUACUGACAUGCUUCAAUGAACGCUCAACCCCUCUCUCUGACUUUGUGAGAGCUUGAUGAGGUUGCCAGGCGCCUGAAAGCCAAAGCCGAUACUAGUCUGUUCUCAUGAAUCUCGGAGUCCGUUUGGGAGUAUGCCAGGGGCGGAAACGGGCGCGUUGUACGAGCCAAGCGCCGUAGGCGUUCUUUCCCGCUUGAGAGAAGGCUCACGCGUUCCUAGUGACGCAGCCCGCAACUGGUGCCGGAACACCAUCCUGCUCGUCUUCAGAGCGACUCGUACGUGGCCGUUGCAGUGGGUCGUUUCAGGAGCCUUUUCAUCAUGAGUACUUGCGACGUCUACCGUGAUCAGGAUGGCCUCUACAUCAGCUGCAUAUUUCAAGAGCCCAUCGUUAAAGAAGCUCUCGCCUACAAGCCCAAGCCAGGCGACGUGUUCAUAGUCUCCUACCCAAAGUGUGGCACCACAUGGAUGCAGCACAUUGUCUACGCCAUCUACAACGAUGGCAUUCCGCCCAAGGACAUGGAUGACUUCAUGCGAAGGGCUCCUUUCUUAGAGUUGCUGGGAACCGCAGCUGUGGAGAGUAUGCCGCGUCCCGGAGCCAUAAAAACUCACCUUCCUUACUCGCUCCAGCCCCAGUCGCCGGAAGCCAAGUACAUUUACGUGACACGCAACCCCUACGACUGCUGCGUUUCAUUUUACCACCACACCAAGUCGUUCCCCGCAUAUCGAUUCGCUCAAGAGCCAUUUGACAAGUUUUUUGACAUGUUCGUCGAAGGCAAAGUUGACUUCGGUGACUACUUCGACCAUCAGAUAUCCUGGUACGACCACAGGAACGAUGAUAACGUCCUCGUCAUAACCUACGAGGAGCUUAAGAUGGAUCCCCGAGCAGGAAUUCUCAAGAUUGCCGACUUUCUCGGAGAAAGUUACGGGAAGAAGCUGCGAGAGCAACCGGAAGUUUUGGAGAGAAUCUUGAACGCUAGCAGCUUGAACACUAUGAAGGGCUUCAAUGAGGAGUUCAAGAAAUGGACUGCGAAGGCAGCCGAUUUGAUUGGAGAUACGGGCAAGCUUCAAUCGUUAUCCGCGCAAGCAGCUGAAGACAUGAAGAAGCCGAUGACUGGAGACUUCGUAAGAAAGGGAAUUAUUGGUGACUGGAAAAACCACUUCACGCCAGAUCAAAUUAGGCGCAUGAAGGAGAGAAUUGCGGCCAAAACCAAGAACAGCACAGUCAUGAGCCUUUGGAAAGACAUUGAUCUUCCGUAAAAAAAAUUGAUAUAUUUAUAUACCACUUGAGAUAUUCAACGUAAAUGAGAGAUGCACAUACUGUCAUUUCUGGGUGCGUCUUUGUUUCGUCCGUUUUAGACAACAAUAAAUAGACGUAGAUAUUUGUACUGGCGGAAAAUUAAACAUUUUGGGUUCCUCAGAAACAGAUUUUUGGAAUUUAAGGGGAAAUUUUGCCCUCGCCUGGUGGUGAUCGAACUAGGAAUUAACGAUUUCUCAGGGUGGUUCCUCUGCAUCUUAGGCGGAUCACUAGUGUUUACUCUAAUUUUCCACCAAUACCUGCAUGCAUCUUUUAGAUUUUAUAGCGUAAAGAUUGCAUUAAAAUCAUUUAUUUUGUUCACGGCGCUUGCACGCUGUUACUGUAGCGUUUCGGAAUCAGCUGCCUGCUUUUUCCUAAAUGUGAUGUACGAUGAGUGGCAUAACUCCUUCGCGCAGGAGCUAAAUUUGAUUUGCACGUUUCCACUGAAAACUACUUUCGAGGCAGCACAAAGAGCUUGCUUCUUAAGAAAAGACAAGCUGAAAGACCAUGAAAGGAGAAUGUGUCGGUCCCGGAAAUGUUUCUGGCAAAUUGCCCAUCCUCAAGUGAAAUAAGACACUUAAACAUUUUGCAAGUCAUAGAUGCAACAGGCACUCUGAGGCACUGAUUACAAUGAGAAAGCUUUAUUGUGUCGUUUUGGUCAGCGUGGUAAUUCCAAACUCAUAAACUGAAGAAAAUCACCACUCCGAUAACGGAAGCCUAUGCUUCUAUGCUUCUUUGAUGUUGUAGUUGCAGCGACAUGAAUUUCUGUGAUGUGAUUAAUUGUCCUGUCUGUCAUCAACAGAGUUUUAGUUUGUCGUAGCGAGAGCAUUUCCUGUCUCACCUUCACAAUUGUGACGACAUUCAGGUCUUUUAACUGCGAGCAGCAAAGACUUAUUCUAGUGACAGAACGAAGAUAAAAUUGCAAUAGCUUGGUAUAUUCGUGGUUGUAUAUUUAACUGUCUAUACAAGUGCACUGGUUAUUGCAUUUGCCUUUGUGAAUUUCUAAAUGAACGCUGUGGAGAUGUUCACCAGGCGAUUUUACAAUGGAAGGAGUUGGAGAAUCAAGUAGCGAGCAUGCUGAAUUACUCGUUUGCUUCCGUUUUGUUCUGCUUGCUACACUUUUGUUCUUCCAGCAACAAUCACAUAAGCAUAGCUAUGCGUACCUGUCUGGAAACUAUGAAGAGCGCGGAAGCGAAUUGUCUGAAACUCUAAAUUCAUCUAAUGUGCGGAAGACCAUGAAAUUGCGUCUAAGUGUCGUCCGUAUAGAUUAUCGAGUACCAAUUGUGAGAUAGUGUGUGAAGAGCUUUAAUAAUUAUAACUAAGAAGGUAAUUAUAGCUUUUCGCACAUAAGGUCGAUAGCUGCACUGGAAUGGAAUAUUCUUAGCGUAGCCCUAUGUAAGGCCUUCUCUAGAGAGAUUGUAUCUGACAUUGCGAGAAUAAGUGCGCUACGUACCAGUAGUCAAGUUGCCGCACUUUUGUACUGCACAAUGGAAUGAAGAGUAUUGGGCUGUAUUAAG